GAUUUUGACAUGUUUUUUUAUCAGCUCAUAAGGUUUAAAUAAAUUGGUGGCAAAUCCACGUAUGACGGGUUUAAUUAAAUUAGCAAAUUAAUAAAAACAUUUUAAAGACGUUCCUUUGUAUAAUUUGAAGCGCUAGCCUCAGAAGCUGCUUUGAUAUGAGUGGAAUUACGAUAGCUAUAAGCGGCGUAAUCGCCAUAUGCGCUUAUCUUUCUACUGUGCGAAUGAUCCCGAGGUUCAAGGAUAUGUUUCUUAAAGCCGGUUUGUAUGGUAAAGACCUUUGUAAGCGCGAACAAACUCAAGUACCAGAGUCUUUUGGCGUAUUAAUUGGGUGCGCUUUUCUUGUGGCUAUGUUUCUUUUUAUACCGAUUCCAUUUACAUUCGAAGAGGCUGCUUUGCUUGACGUUAAAACCGGAGCGAAGCCAUCAACUUUUCCUCAUGAAGAGUUUGCUGAAAUGAUUGCCGCGCUCUUAUCUAUUUGUUGUAUGAUUCUUCUUGGAUUUGCCGAUGACGUAUUGGAUUUGCGUUGGCGUCAUAAAUUGCUUCUACCAACAAUGGGUACAUUGCCAUUAUUAAUGGUUUACUAUGUGAAUUAUAAUAUUACAACCGUAAUAAUGCCUAAGUUUGCUAGACCGCUAUUAGGAUACUCCUUGGAUAUUGGCAUUUUCUAUUACAUCUAUAUGGGUAUGUUAGCCGUGUUUUGCACAAAUGCAAUUAAUAUCUUAGCUGGAAUUAACGGUCUAGAAGUUGGACAAUCUAUUGUGAUUAGUGCAUCCGUUUUAUGCUUUAACAUUAUUGAAUUGGCGCUUGGGCAUCAAGUGGAUUGUCAUAAGUUUUCAAUUUAUCUUAUGCUUCCAUUUGUAGCAGUUUCACUGGCACUUUGGAAAUACAACAAAUAUCCGUCUCAAGUGUUUGUGGGUGAUACAUAUUGUUAUUUUGCUGGUAUGACAUUUGCCGUCGUCGGUAUAUUGGGACAUUUCAGCAAAACUUUACUGCUCUUCUUCAUACCGCAGAUUCUGAACUUUUUGUAUUCAGUGCCGCAGUUAUUUCACUUCGUACCAUGUCCACGACAUCGUUUACCCAAAUACGAUGCUAGAACCGAUCUACUACACAUAAGUACGACGGAAUUUCACCCGAAGGAAUUGAACAAGCUGGGUUUGUUAAUGGUGCUUGUGCUGAAGAAGUUGAAGUUAAUAUCAUGGCAAGAACAAAGCGACGGCCGCGUGAUUACGAACAAUUUCACGCUCAUUAAUUUCGUCUUGGUCGUAUUCGGACCCGUACACGAGAAGGUUGUUACACAAUUUCUGAUGGGAUUACAAGUGAUCUGUACCUUGUGUGCAAUGGUUAUACGAUAUCCUCUGGCAAGCUACUUUUAUGAUACCUAAUUCGAUAAAAAGUGUUCCUGAUUAUGUAUGUAAGAGUACAUACAUAUGUACUUGACUAGGUAUUUUGUCAGACAAUUUGUAUUUUGUUGAAACCAAAAAUGUAAUAGGUACGUACUGUAAUAAGUCUGAUUGUAAAACUCUAAAACUAGUGUAAUUAAGUGUGAAAGUGCAAAUAAAGAAAGCAAAACAUUUAGUUUUUUUAUAUUCCUUACACCGAA